GCACCUGUGUCUGCGUAAAUGCUUGUGCACUAUCUUAUGUCCUGCGCAGCUCGCUGAUCUUCCUUUGUGACAGCAACCACUUUGGCUGAAAAUCUGAUAUUUGGCUGAUAACCACCGGUGAAAUUGUACGCAGAAUUAGAUAUGUAUCAAGACCAAACAAAUAAAAUUUCUUGGCCGCCAAUAAAAUGACUCUUUUUACAUUGGGGGUAAAAUAGAUGUUAUAUUUUGCAUUGGGGUUGUGAUGAAUUACGAAAAACCUGUCGCCGUACUCUAUAUAUUAUCUUUACAACUGAAAAAAGAAACUGUGUCUAGGUCCCCAUUCACAGGUAUAACACAUACAGGACAGGGAUUGGUGGCUCUUGGUCGACACUAGCGAUACCAAAGCUCAGCCGUAUUUAUUGUUCGUAACAAACAAACACACACAUUACAGUAACAUUAAAAUUUGUCACAUGAGUCUGAGUCACUUCUUAGAAUUCUUAUGAUAGUACGACCGAACUCUUCCCUAAACUAUAAUUACUUUUGUCAAUCAUUAUCUAGUCAAGAUCUGAAUAUCCGAUAUCGAGUUAAUUAUUAGAUAAAAGCAUUAUAAAUAACCUUAAAACGAGGAUGAUUGACGCAAUUCAAUAUCGAGAUGUGGUCCGCUUUAGUGGUGUUGUCACUGGUUGGAUGUGCGGUGGCUGGUCCUCCUGUCACCAGGUCCAGGAAGGACAUUGAAGCGUUCAGGGCUUACUUGGAGAGGAGCAGGACAGAUGAUGGACUUCGCCUAGAGUCCCGUAUGCUCGCCAACCCCAGAGCCUCCGCGUGGGAGAACAGCGGCAAGUUCCAGGGUGACAUCCUCCUCAAUGACAAGCAGGCUGAACUCCUGGAGUUGCAGUAUGCUGGAGUAGCAGCCAGGAACGCGUACAUCUGGCCUAACACCAAGUGGCCCCGCAAUACCGUCGUCUAUGAUUUCAACAAUGAGUUCACUCACGCCCAAAUCAUCUCCAUUCACUCGGCGAUGUUAGAGAUUGAGGAGCAUACUUGCAUUAGAUUCCGUCGCAGAACGAUUCUGGACCGCCACUAUGUUAGAAUCACUGGCAAACCUGAUGGCUGCUAUGCCUCUUUGGGCUACUGGAAGGACAUUCCCGUCCACAUCCUGAACUUGGGUAAAGCCGCCCCCGGCGAGGGCUGCUUCAUCAAUUCCAUCAUCAUCCACGAAUGGUUCCAUAUCCUCGGCUUCCUGCACAUGCAUUCUACCUACAACAGGGACGACUACGUUCAUUUACUAUGGGAAAACAUGAAACCAGGUUAUGAAUUCGAAUUCGAAAGGUUCGAAUCCGACGUGGCAGACAACUUGGACCUGCCCUAUGAGUACGCUAGCACCAUGCACUACGACAGAUUCGCGUUCUCCAACAACGGAAGACCUACUAUGUUGCCUAUCCACACCGACUUCGGUCUCAUGGGUCAGUUGGAUUACGUGACCGGUUGGGACUGGCAUAGGGUCAACAGGCACUACAACUGCCCCCAUGCUUGGAGCAGUGAAGAGCACUCAUAUGAAAGCUAUGAACAUGAAUACAAGGUUGAAGAGAACGCUGCACUCGAAGACGGACAAGAAGAUUUAGCUGAAGAUUUGCCUCAAGAAGAAGAAGUUGAAGAUUUGCCACAAGAAGAAGUAUUCGUUGCUGAUAUGUCUAAAGAUUCUGAAGCUGACAAAGUAUCUGUAGUUGACAACUAAACCGAUCACUCUCAAGAACAACAUUAUUAAAAUAAAGUGAUGCAUAAAAA